AGUAAUAUUAUCAUCCCCCAUCCCCCCCCCCCAAAAAAAGAGAUUAGUCUUAAAUGAGCUUGUUUUGGUGAACUCAUUCUGGUUCUUAGUAGUCAUUUUUUCCUUGGCUACUCUGUAGCAGGUCUCUCUGACAACUCAUUAUAGAAAUGGGGAAAAAUAAAGGAAAGACCUAUUUCCUUUAGCCAUUGUUACAGAAAAGACUUCUUUUGCACUUGUAGGAGUGCCACCAUGUGGCACAAUAGCAGCACAGUCCCAUUCCUGUUGACUGGAUUCCCAGGCCUGGAGAGAGCUCACUGCUGGAUCUCCAUCCCUUUUUUUAUUGUGUAUACUUCUGUUAUUCUUGGCAAUGGCACCCUUCUCUUCCUCAUCAAGGAUGACCACAGUCUCCACGAGCCCAUGUAUUACUUUCUAGCUAUGCUGGCAGCCACUGACCUUGGAGUAACCUUGACUACAAUGCCCACAGUGAUGGGGGUCCUAUGGUUGAACCACAGAGAGAUCAGUCAUGGGCUAUGCUUCUCCCAAGCCUAUUUUAUCCACACGCUUUCAGUCAUGGAAUCUGGAGUCUUGCUUGCUAUGGCUUAUGACCGUUUUGUUGCCAUUUGUAACCCACUGAGAUAUACUUCCAUCCUUACCAAUUCUCGAGUGAUGAAGAUUGGGAUUGUUGUCUUCAUGAGAGCCUCUCUCUCCAUUAUACCCCUAAUUAUGAGACUACAUUGGUUUCCUUAUUGUCAUUCCCAUAUCCUUUCCCACACUUUCUGUCUUCACCAAGAUGUUAUCAAAUUGGCCUGUGCUGACAUCACCUUCAAUCGCAUAUACCCUGUUGUUCUGGUUUCACUAACAGGCUUCCUAGAUUCUAUUAUCAUCCUUUUUUCUUACGUGUUGAUUUUAAAGACAGUCAUGAGUAUUGCCUCUGGAGAGGAGAGAGCUAAAGCCCUCAACACCUGUGUUUCCCAUGUCUGUUGUGUCCUGGUAUUCUAUGUCACAGUGAUUGGUCUAACCCUCAUCCAUCGUUUUGGGAAGCAUGCACCACCUGUGGUUCACAUCACCAUGAGCUAUGUGUACUUUCUCUUUCCUCCAUUAAUGAACCCUAUUAUCUAUAGUGUCAAGACCAAGCAGAUACAGAAUGGCAUUCUUCGCAUCUUCUCUUUGCACAGACCCAUAGCAUGAAAUUUUCUUAAUGGAGUUUGUAAUCACAGGAGAGAGGAUGGGUU